AUGGUCCGUGGUCAGACCCAGUCCCAGUCCAGUGACCGUGGUCAGUCUGGUGACCGUAGGGGGGGCGUGGUCAGUCCGGUGACCGUAGGGGGGGGGGGGGGGCGUGGUCAGUCGGGUGACCGUAGGGGGGGCGUGGUCAGUCCGGUGACCGUGGGGGGGGGGGGGGGGGGGGGCAUGGUCAGUCCGGUGACCGGGGGGGGCUGUGGUCAGGCCCUGAUUGUCGGUGAGUUUCCUCUGUAA